AUGGGCUACGAUACGUACGCAACUCCGCUCGACGGCAGAUAUGCCAGCCCCGAAAUGAAAACGCUCUUCGGAGCGAGAUCCAGACACUCCACCUGGCGCAAGUUGUGGCUUUUCCUUGCCCAAGCUGAGAAGGAGACUGGCGUUGAGGGCAUCACAGACGAGGCAUUGAAGCAGAUGGAAGAGCAUCUGACUGUCACGGACGAGGACUUCCAGGUCGCCGCCGUUGAGGAGAAGAGACGCCGCCACGAUGUUAUGGCCCACGUCCACGCAUUUGGGCAAGUCGCUCCUGCGGCUGCCCCCAUCAUCCAUUACGGAGCAACUUCAUGCUAUGUCACUGACAAUGCCGAGUUGAUUCUGAUGAGAGAUGCCAUGGACUUGCUGCUGCCCAAGCUGGCCAAGGUGAUCGACAACCUUUCUAAGUUUGCUGUUGAGCACAAGGAUCUCCCCACCCUGGGCUAUACCCACUACCAGCCCGCCCAGCUGAGUGCGUUCACUUCCUCCCCUUGCACGCUUCAAGACAGGCUAUUUUCAGAUGCCGCUCAAUCACUAUUUGGGGGCGCAUUCACCGUUGGCCGUCGCGCUACUCAGUGGAUUCAGGACCUGGCCAGGGACUUGAAGAACAUUGAGACUCAGCGCAAGGAACUGCGUUUCCGUGGUGCGAUGGGUACCACCGGCACUCAGGCUUCCUUCAUGGAGGUCUACCACGGCGACGGAGAGAAGAUCGACAAGCUGAAUGAGCGCCUGUGCGAGUUGGCUGGCUUCGAAACAGGUGUCUACGACAUCUCAGUCCAGACUUACAGCCGCAAGGUCGACUUGGAUGUGUCCAACGCCAUUGCUGGCCUCGGUGCCACCGCGAUGCACAUCACCAACGACCUGCGUCACCUCGCUACACAGAAGGAGAUCGAGGAGCCUUUCGAGAAGGACCAGAUCGGAUCAAGCGCCAUGGCUUACAAGAGAAACCCCAUGAGAAGCGAGCGCAUUUGCUCCUUGGGAAGGAAACUUCGUUCAUUGCCCGUAAACUUCGCGGAUACUUUCGCGGAUCAGUGGUUCGAACGUACCCUCGAUGACUCUGCCAUCAGGCGAAUUGAUAUCCCGGAGAUGUUCCUCCUUGCCGACGCCAUCCUUUUGGGACUGGACAACGUGACCUCUGGCUUGGUUGUCUACCCUAAGCGUAUCCACGCCCGCGUGAUGGACGAGCUUCCGUUCAUGGCCACCGAGAACAUUAUCAUGAAGCUGGUGGCUAAGGGCGGCUCGCGCCAGGACGCACACGAGGAGAUCCGUGUGCUGUCCCACCAGGCCAGCGACGUCGUCAAGAAGGAGGGAGGUGCCAACGACCUGAUCGAGCGUAUCCGGGCGACCCCGUACUUUGCGCCUGUCCACGCAGAGCUGGACAACAUUCUGGACCCGGCCCUGUACACCGGACGCUCCGGAACCAUCGUCGAGCGUUACGUGGGCCCGGGUGGUCCCAUCCAGAAGGCCCUUGCCCCCUACGCUGACUACAUCAACAAGUCUGGGACCGCGCAGCUCAGCGUGUAA